GGUAGACGACAUGUACCAAUUCAGUCAGUUUCCCGUUUGAGGGCGCUUAGGUGCAAUUUGUGCAACAAAAUUUCAAAAAUUAUCAACAAUGUCAAAUUUUUAGGUUUUUUUAGCGUUAAAUACCUGAUUACUGUUACAAAUGUUUUUGGGAAUAAUCUUGUCGUUGGUAGUCGCAUCCGUUUCCGCUUCCGUCAUUUUUGAGGAUUGCGGAUCGGCUUACCAGUUACGAGAUGUAAGAAUCGAAGGAUGCAACAUGAGACUCCCAUGCUACGUCACUCUCGGCGAGAAAGUGCCUGUACGUCUAGAGUUUUUUGCAGAUUUUGCGUCUCUUAAUCUGGAUCAAGAUGUUGUCAUCAACAUCAACCAUCUAAACAUAAGAGCGGACGUAACCCCAGAUCCGUGCGAUGCAGUGAGUUGCCCAGUGAGGACAAACGCCUGGAGCUCGUUUACCAGCGUCAUGUCGGUACCUUCUCAAAUGGCUCUUAAUCAGCGAGGCUUUCUUCGAUGGCGAGUAUACAAUGAAAGAGGGACACUUGUUAUAUGUUAUUCGGUAUUGGUGCAAACUCAAAGUCCUGUACAGAAGAUGCUUUGGCAAGCCCUCUCGGAUAUGACCUCUGAGACUAUUGAUAAUACAGUCAACAACCUAGAUCCAGACACACCAAAUGUAAAUGUCAGUCGGAACUACUUGCGCGAAUUGUUCGACCGAUAUUACGAAAAACAAAGCUUUGGCGAACUCGACAAAUAAAAUGUUUUUGAACUGGCCAUUACGACUUUGAAACCAUAGAAAUGUAUUUCAAAGUUUUGUGAUUAACAAUGAAAUAUACCUAUACUCGUAAGACAUUGUGUAAAUUCAAUAUUUACAAGGACCAUUUAUUUAUGUCAACAUCGAUCGAUCUCGAAGUUUAAAUUCUGUGACAUCAGGAAAAAUACAUUCACACUACGUGCGCCAUGUGCAGUGUAUUGUUGUAAAUUUAAUGCAAAACAUGCAAAUUAGUAUGAUGAAUGAUUGUUGUGCAUGUGUAGCGUUGUAAAACUCAUCGGUAGUAGGUAUUGUUUAAAUUAUUGCACUUUUGCUCUUAUUGUGUGAUGAAAUUUUUUAUUUUAUUUCAAUAUUUGUAGUUAUGUCCAAUCAAAUACUAUUUUAUGGAUCUAUUUUUGAGCAAAUAUAAAUAUAAGGGGAUCUCUAGCAUUCUGUCUGUCUA